AUGGAGGUUGAUAUAAAUCAACACCACAUAAAAUCAAAAUCCGAUCAUCCAUCAACCUCAAGCACGCUCGCCUCGAAUACGCCUCGCCAACUGGAUGUCCUUCGGCAUAAUCGUGACCCUCUUGGCGUGAAUAGCGCACAGAUUCGUGUCCUCGAAGAGACCCACGAGGUAGGCCUCGGCCGCUUCCUGCAGAGCCAAGACGGCGUGGCUUUGAAACCUCAGAUCUGUCUUGAAAUCCUGCGCAAUCUCACGAACCAGACGCUGGAAAGGGAGCUUCCGGAUCAGGAGCUCCGUGCUCUUCUGGUACUUUCGGAUUUCACUGUUCAAAAUCGAAAAAAUUAA